AUGCUCUCUUACGAUGUAGAGAAUUUGGUCAUCAAGGUUUUCAGUGAAUUCUCAUCCAGUGCAAAGAAUAUUAGUGAACUUAAAGAGUUCUUUGACUUCCUGGAGACAGAAUAUUCGGAAAUCUUACGCCAUGUACCUACACGUUUUGUGACCCUUUUCACUGCCAUCGACAGCUUACUGAAGCAUUGGCCUGCCCUCAAAUCUUACUUUGUGAACAAAGGAGAGGAAAAAGUGAGCUGCGCAAUAUGGGCCUUUCUUUCCGAGCAAGAGGACGCAGUAUCCGAUGAUGACAUUAUUACGCUUCCCGAGCUGUACAUCUACUUUGUGCACAACAUUCUGAGCCAAUUUAACAACACCAUAAAGGUUCUUGAAAGUGAUUUAAUUCAGGUAACUGAACUGUAUGGCGUAUUCAGCAGGCUGAGAAGAGAGAUUCAGAAUCGGCAAGAGCAAGGCUUCUACGGGUACAAGGUGACACAGUUCUUGAAGAAACUGCCGCCUAAUGAGCAGAAUAAAUUUGUUGGCGAUGCCCAACGGGCUUACACACGCAUGCUACAGUACCUGGAAAAGUGGUUUGAUUUCAGCAAAAACUCUUUCUAUGUGUUGUGUGCACCACUCAAUCUGGACGGACCUCUUGAGCUAGACAAACUGUGUGCUUUGACUACAAACUGGGACAUUCAAGUAGACGGAGAUGAACUAUUUACAGAAAUGUGCUCAUUGAAUGAUGCGCUACCAACCCUAAAGAGUUUGACAAGUGAUGCUGAAUCGACAUUGUCCCCGCAGCAACAAGAGCGCCAACAUCGAGUCAAUGUCUCUGAGAUAUGGGUAGAAUUCUUUAAGCGCUGGGAGGCCCCGAACUUACUUAAAAUUGUGCAGCAUGUGCUUGCUGUACCACCCACCAACGCAUUUGUGGAACGCAUUUUCAGUGUUAUGAAGAACUUGAGGACUAACGAAAGGAAUCAGCUCCAUGUGGACAUGCUGAAAGCUCAGUUAUUCGUGCACUUCAACUAUAAAAUGACAUGUGCUGAGUUUGCUGGAUUUUUGAAGACAAAAGCAGCGAAGGAGCUUGUGGUGGCAGCAAGAAAAGAACAGAAGUAUAAAUGUGAGGAGAUGAUGAGUGAGAAUGUGGAAGAGAAUCCUCAGCAGGAAGAUCCUGAGCCAGUUGAAACUCACGGGACUUUAUUGGGUAGAUCUGAAGCGACUGUGUCCUGGAGUCCAGAGCCUGGAAAAGCUGGUGGGUCUCAGCACAGACCAGAGAGACAGCAGGGAAACCAGCCAGGGAAGAACGCGGGUAAAUCCACUCAAUGUGAAGGUGGUUCGAAGAAUCUUAGCAAAAACAUGAUGCACCAGAGAUCCUCCAAAGGGGAGGGGAAAAACACAUGCACCGAGUGUGGGAAAAGCUUCAGUCGGAGUUUAUACCUUAUCAUACAUCGCAGAACCCACACAGGAGAAAGACCUCAUAAAUGUCUUCAGUGUGGGAAAAACUUUAUUGGCAUCCCAACCCUGAAAAAACAUCAGAAAAUCCACACGAGAGAAAAAUCCUAUAAGUGCCCCGACUGCGGGAAAAGCUUCGGUGAGAGAUCACACCUUAUUGGCCACCAGAGAAUCCACAGAGAAGCAAAAACCUUCAUAUGCUCUCAGUGUGGGGAAACCUUCUGUAACUGGUCAUCCUUUCUUAGACAUGAGAGAAUCCACACCGGAGAGAGAGCUAAACCUUAUAGCUGCCCCGAGUGUGGGGAGAACUUCCGUGAUAGGACUGGUCUUAUGAGGCAUCAGACAACUCACACAGGAGAGAAACCCUAUAACUGCCUGAAGUGUGGAGAAAGCUUCAGUCGGCGCUCAAACCUUACCAGGCACCAGAAAGUUCACACUGGGGAGAGACCCUAUAAGUGCCUCAAGUGUGGGAAAAGCUUCAGUCAGAAAUCAACCCGCAGUAGACAUCUGAGAACCCACUGGGGAGAAAGCGAAUAAAUGCCCCAACUAGGACGGGCUGAAGUGAGUUAGACGGGAGCAGUUGAGACUAGCUUCCUUUUUAACUGCCAGCUUUCUGUGUGCUCUAAAAUCCACCCGUGGACCUGGAUUGUCUUGAAAAUUGCUGUGCCUCAUCUGGGCCGGGGGCAGAGCUAGUGGUGGGAGGUUGUGGCCGUUUGGUCUAGGGGUUCCUCAGAUACAGCCCCCCAAUAAGAAGCUGCUUUUACCAUUCAGAUUGCUCUGAAACCCUGUGCAAACUUAACUCCCAUGAAAAGCAGGAAAUAGAACAUUAGAGUACAUGCUACCCCCGCAACAUAACCUUAACUCUGCCCUCUUUGAGUGAAGUCCCAACGUACCUGUAACACACAUUUGCUCUCUACCUUUGCAGAUGCUACAGAACACUUCAGGAAUAGAGCACUGGUGAGCAAUGUAGGACAAAUCUGAACACCUUCUGUUGCUAAGGGAAGACUCUGGGGUAGGUCAGGCAUAGUGAGCCGCUCUCACUUACACUCAAAAACAGCCUGCCCCACACAACCCACCCCAGAACGGCAAAAUGUUCCCUUGGCUUCGCCCUUGCCCUGAGGAUUCCUUGGGAGACGUGGCUUUCCCUGACCCCGCAGUGAGCCCCGGAGUCAGAUGGCUGACAGACUCCAUGGCUACAGUCCCUUGUGCAUUUCUACUGGCAGAGCCUGCAGAACUCAGCACUGCAAUGAAGCAUUACUGACCCUUUUAAAGUACACCUGCACCUCUCCUGCUAUCACAGGGACAGCUCUGCCAGCCCGCUCCAGCGAAUCUCUUCCCCAUUCAGUACAGCUACGCCUCACACGGCCAAGGUAGUCAAGUGCAUGCAGAUGAAUUCUAGGAUUCAAAUCUGCGGAAUACAGCACAAGCAAUGGUCCAUCUUCUUAGUCCUUCGUGUCUGCUUAUUAUGGCAACACCGUUACUGAACCGUUCUCAGUGGCUGUUGCCAGCUCCAAGAGGGCAGAGUUAAGGUUGCGCGGUGGGAAUGACAUUUACCUUCAUUUCUUGGGUUUUAGAGGUGUAGGUUUAGCCACUCUCCACACUGGGGAAGGGCACAAGGUCGUGCUGGGCAAUCUUAGCUCUGCAUUAACUAAGGUUUGGGACAGUUAAUAUAUUUGCUGAUUCCACAAAUGUCGUCACUGUUUGACUUUUCAGAGUCUGGUUUCCCAUCUCUGGUGUUAGGAGACAGCAGCCAGCUCCAGUCUUCUCUGCCCUCCUCUGGCUCUGCCUGGGUUAGCAAAGGAAAAGCCCCCUCAGCCCAUCCACCCUCCCAGCUGCUGGGAUUCCCUGUCCCAGCUGGAAUCUUCUCCCUCAUCUUACCUGGUCCCCCAGCCAGUGUCCUAUGGACUGGGUAUCCGAGGAACCUUUUGUACCCUUUAUUCACACAGACCCGCAGGGACCUGGGGCGAUCCAGUGUUUAGGGACUGGGAGAGACGGGUGAUGGGCAGGGAAGAGCCUGUGUUUGAGCACAGGGGGAUGGGAACCCCGGGUGUGAAUCAGUGAGUGAUGGUGAGAGCGCUGAGACUGGAUAACCCGGGACAUCUGCACUAGCAGAGCACAGCUCGUCCUUACAAAGAGGAGCAGCAGCCACAGCCAGCGCCCAGAGAAGCCAAGACAGCAUUUGCCCAGCUGCAGCUGGCUCACCGUCACAGUCCGAAGGGAUCUGGCAGCCCCGGGAGCUGCCAGCGGCUUGGAGAGAGACGGGCGUUCAGCUCAGGGAGCUCUGCCAGAGCCCCAGCGCGCUCUCUCGUGGUUGUAACAUUUGGUUAAGACGCCAACAGAGUGCAGUGAACUCAAAGGGAAAUUAACGAAUGGCCGGGGUUCUGCCUCGCGAAGAAAUGUCAAGAGCAGUGAGGGGCCGUUCUAAAGUAAUUCUCUGCAAUUGGGGCUGGCAACCUGGUGUCCUCUGUGUGUGUGUGUGUCUCUCUGUGUGUGUGUGAAGGAUCUGGAUUAUAUAAAUGGAUGAGGAGGUAAUUUGGACAUUUAAAUAAAACACUGAUUCUUGCCUGCAUAUUUAUACCUGCCUCUGGAAAUUUCCAUUACAUGCAUCUGACGAAGUGAGCAUUCACCCACGAAAGCUUAUGCCCCAAUACGUCUGUUAGUCUAUAAGGUGCCACAGGACUCUUUGUUGCUUUAAAUAAAACACAGUUACUGU